UCUGUCCCCUUCUCGCCUCUUCCAUCACGCCCAUCGGCGCUUGCGACAGCUUCCAUCUAUCGAUUACAUGACGACCUGCUCUGAGACACACACCUCCCCCGAAUCUUUCAAGCCUUAGGGCUACAAAGCAGUCCGACUAUCUUCCUGCCAUCGAUAAUAACAACCAGGAAGCCAUGGCGGCCCGGCAGGAGUCCUCGACCUCCUCGGGGUCCAGGAAGUCGGGCAGUCGUGCUGUAGUAGGACAGUUCAACAUCGGCUCCGAGAUUGGAAAGGGUAGUUUUGCUCAAGUGUAUUUGGGUUGGCAUAAGGACACUAAGGCUGCCGUUGCCAUCAAAUCCGUCGAGCUCGAACGUCUGAAUAAGAAGCUACGAGAGAACCUCUACAGCGAAAUACAAAUACUCAAGACAUUACGCCACCCACACAUCGUCGCCCUCCAUGACUGUCUCGAGUCGACAAGCCACAUCAAUUUAAUUAUGGAAUACUGCGAGCUUGGCGAUCUAUCCCUGUUCAUCAAGAAACGAGAGAAGCUCGCCACACAUCCUGCCACGCAUGAUAUGGCCCGCAAGUAUCCAAGUGCGCCGAACUCCGGUUUGCAUGAGGUUGUCAUUCGACAUUUCUUGAAACAGCUGACUAGUGCCCUCGAGUUCCUACGCAGCAAGAACUACGUUCACCGAGAUGUCAAGCCCCAAAAUCUGCUACUACUACCCUCACGGCCCUUCAGGGACCAAAGAAGUCGCCCUGUCAUGCAAGCCAGCCAAGACUCGCUGAUCCCUAUCGCUGGAUUAGCAUCUUUACCUAUGCUCAAGCUUGCCGACUUCGGCUUCGCACGUGUGCUUCCCUCCACUUCCCUGGCUGAUACCCUUUGUGGAUCCCCCCUGUACAUGGCCCCAGAAAUUCUCCGAUACGAGCGAUAUGAUGCGAAAGCCGAUCUUUGGUCAGUGGGAACUGUGCUCUAUGAAAUGAGCACAGGUCGCCCUCCGUUCCGGGCUAGAAACCAUGUCGAACUGUUGCGAAAGAUUGAAGCGGCUGAGGAUGUUAUCAAGUUUCCUAGGGAGGUGACUAUCAGUGCCGACCUGAAAGCUCUAAUUCGAAGUCUACUCAAGAGAAGUCCUGUCGAGCGACUGAGCUUCGAGAACUUCUUCGCACACCAGGUCGUUACGGGCGAAAUUCCUGGUUUAGUAGAGGAUGAUAUUCCGAAGCCAGCCAGGCAAGAACCUCGAGAGGUGAGAUCAGCCUUUCAUGGGGGCUCGCCUUCGUUAUCAUCACGAAGUCCCCGACAAACCGGUUACGAAUCGCCACGAGACGGCAUUGCUUCAAGAUCUCCCAGAGAUCAGCACUCAAGGUCGCCACAAGCAGCAAGCCCGGGAGAAGGUCGGUAUUCUCGGCAAUCGCAUGACAGUCAACGACCAACAGGAAAUUCUCCUCGCGAAAUCGGUGAGGGUCUUGGAAUACGCCGCCCAGUUGCACACCAUGCAGCGACUGCUCCGGUUCAGCAACGUAUCCAGGAUAGAGGAAAUGGUAGGGAUAAGGUCUCACCUCCUACAUCUCUUCUGAACCAGGCACGCAGGGACAGAGCCUUGAGCAAUCCAUCAAUUACAGAAGAGGAGAAGGCGGCGCAAGAUGUUGCCUUAGAGCGAGAAUACGUAGUUGUUGAGAGACGCCAUGUUGAGGUCAACGCUCUGGCCGAUGAACUGGCAGCGAACGAGCGAUUUGGUGACCCAUCCUCUCAAAGAACAGGACCCAUGACUCGACGAUAUACUCAACAGGGCGCACCUACUUCUACAUCAGGAGCAAUUGCCACUCCGUCUUCUCGCAACGCUUUGGUGACCCAGGGCCGCCAUGACCGGAAAUCAUCGUACGAGAAGGCUCUCUCUGCUAGUCCCGGAUCAGCCUCUAGUGCUAUCUCUAAAGCGAUCCAAGACGCCAGCCUGCGUCUUUUUGGCUUCAAGGUUCCCCCUCUGCGUGGUACACCAAAGGGCCCAUCGCCUCCCCUGUACCAAGCUUUCCCGACAUAUCCAACUCCUCAGGCCCCAGUCGGACUUUUGGGCGACGGCAAGAACACUCACGGAACCGACGAAGAUGGUCGAGCUGCGCAAGCCAUAGAAGAGUUUGCAACACGCAGUGACUGUGUCUACGGUUUCGCCGAAGUCAAGUACAAGCAGCUUGUUCCUCUAGCACCGUCCGCUGAUCAUAUUUUGGGCGGUCUUGAACCUGAACAAUUGGAAAAUGAGGAAGAUGGAUUGACAGUUGAGGCAAUUGUUGCUCUCUCAGAGGAGGCUCUUGUUCUAUAUGUGAAGUCGCUCACUCUUCUCGCUAGGGCUAUGGACAUAGCUAGUGUCUGGUGGUCCAAGAAGAGCCGGGGAGAGACAGGCACCGGCCUAUCGGCAGCUGCUGCCCAGAGCAUUGUUCAGCGCAUAAACGCAGUGGUUCAGUGGGUUCGACAGCGAUUUAACGAGGUGCUGGAGAAGUCGGAAAUCGUCCGUAUGAAGCUCACGGAAGCUCAGAAGCAAUUGCCUGAAGACCAUCCCAGCCACCCAUCUAACCACGGAACCGAAUCCAUUGCUUCCUCCGCGGGGGGCGCGACCAAGCAGGUUUAUUUGACUCCUGGCAUAAGUGCUGAGAAGCUCAUGUAUGAUCGGGCACUCGAGAUGAGCCGCGCUGCCGCAAUUGACGAAGUUACGAAUGAGAACCUCGCCGGAUGCGAGAUUUCGUACAUCACGGCCAUCCGAAUGCUUGAGGCCGUGUUGGACAACGAUGACGAUUCAGGUUCGGAUGCAAGAAGAUUGUCGACGGGCAAAGAAGAUGAGCGAGAUGCUGUCAAGGAAACUAGCGGUGGUGAGCUUGACAGCGAUGAGGAGGCCCAUGUUCGAAAGAUGAUCAAGAUGAUCACAGGACGACUCGCAGCUGUGCGCAAGAAGCAACAAAUGAUUGCUGAAGCCAACAGCAAGACGUUACAGUCUUAUCAGCAGUCAACACGUCGUCGAAGCGGUGAUAUCACACCACGCAGCGUUCCUUCGCAUGCAUCCUCCUGAGCUGUGGACGAUGAAACUCGUAGCAA